AUGCUUAUCACAACUUUUAUUUCUUUUUUUGUCUCUGACUCUGCAACAACUGCCAUGAUGAUCCCUAUCGCUCUCGCAAUUUUAGAAGCAAUGACUGGAGCACCAGCUAAAAAUACAAGUGCAACUAUUGCUGAUCAUUUACGAUUGAAAGAGCUCUCGAAAAAGCAAAGGGGCUUUUGCAAAGCAAUGAUUCUCGUUUGUGCCCAUGCGAGUCUCAUCGGCGGCACUGCAAUUCUAACAUCAACCGCUCCGAAUCUCAUCUUUCGAAAUGAGCUAAACAGACGAUAUCCAAAUGAGCCCAAGGUGACAAUGACUUAUGUGAAAUGGUUGCAAUUCUCGUUGCCGCCAAUGUUUGGCUAUCUUAUUGCUUCGUAUCUAAUCGUUAUGACGGUUUUCAUCGGCCCAUUCUCACUGUUCGAUUGCUUCCGUGCACCUUCUGAAGAAGAAGCUCAUGCAAGUAAAGAAGUGGAAAGAUCUGUUAAAGAAGCGUAUAAAAAUCUAGGCAGUAUCAGCUUUUCUGAAAUCUCGGUACUUUUUUGGUUUAUCGUUUUGAUUGUUUCAUGGAUUUUCCGUGAGCCUGGCUUCAUGACUGGAUGGGCUGAUUUAAUUUAUGGAAAAGAAAAGAGUGAACGCUUUAAAGAUUCAACUGUCGGAAUUCUAAUCGUUUUUAUCUUAUUCGCUUGGCCAAAGGAUUUCAACAUUCGAUCAAGAAAUCGAAAAAUCGCUGACAUUGAAAUGGAAACAAAAGGAAAAACGAAAGGAAAAGCGUCAGAAGAAAUGAAAAUCGUGCGACGAUCAGAAGCGAUUCUCACGUGGCCGGUAGUGCAAAGACGAAUGAGCUGGUCGGUGCUUCUCCUCAUCGGCGCCGGGUUUGCGAUCUCGGAAGGAGUAAAGUCAAGUGGCCUCUCUCAAUGGUUGGCUUGUGAAGUGAGCGCUUUCAAGCAUCUCGACGAAAUGGUGAUUCAAGCCGCCAUCACAGCAAUCAUCGUUUUCACGACCGAAUUCAUGAGCAACGGCGCAACGGCGAACAUCUUUGUGCCAAUUGUGCAAACUGUCGCAGUUUCUCUGCAUCUUCAUCCGCUUUAUUUGGGGAUCCCUUCAGCGAUCGCUCCCUCGUUUGCUUUCAUGCUUCCAAUGGCCACUCCGCCGAAUGCUCUUGUCUACGAUACGCAUGUUGUUGGAUUCUUUGAAAUGCUCUUGGUGGGUACUUUGCUGAAUUGUGUGUGCAUUUCGAUCACAAUCCUUUCGAUGAACACGUGGACGUAUUGGCUUUUCGAUCUUGGCUACGUGCCCGACUCGGUUCUUCUUAUAAACAAUGCAACAUUAAACUGU